AUGGCGCGUUUGCUGGAUCUUCCAAUUGAAUUGAUUCUCGCUAUCGUUGACUACCUACAAAUGGGCACGAAGCAGGAACCACUGCUAUUCUCUGAACUUGGGGAUGCCUACCGCUACGUGAUCGAGCAUGAUCAAUCACCGAGCGUCAAAGACCUUCGUUCUUUCUUGCUCGCCACCUAUCCCAUGAACAGUCUUCUUCUACAGCCACUGUUCUAUCGUGAUAUAUUUAUCCGCAGAUAUGGCCGCAUCGGCGAGCCGGUUCCACUGCAACAACUAAAUCGGAGCUUUGAGAAGAACCCGAGUCUCAAGGAACACAUCAUCUCGGCGAUCAUUCCAUGUGACGACUCAAUUUAUGAUAUCCAUCAGUUCUUUUGGCUCCCCAACAUACAAACCCUUACAAUCCACAAGUUCAGCGAUUGGGAGCCAUUGGAAUUUGAAAACAACGCACAUCUCGGCACUUCUCCUGUGAAAUCUCUAAGACUGAUUGAUUGUGGGGCUCAUGAAGAGGCUCUAACCGCUUUGUUAAGCUGGCCAGCAGCUUUGGAAACCCUUCACUACGAUGCCGACCAAGGCGAGUGGGAUGGCCAUUACGGGGAUGAGCCAGCCAAUAGCUGGGCAUGUGCUGCAUUUGUGCGCGCACUGAAAUCACAAAAAGCAACAUUGACAGAACUGACACUGACGCGGCCACCGCUUGUCCAUGAAGGACUGGGGGAUGGACCUCGUAUUGACCUGAGCGAGUUCACGUCCCUGAAAACUCUGCGUAUCUACCAUGUCUUCCUCUGCGGGUGGGAUGAUCCGAUUGGGGUCUGGAAGGGCUUACCUCGCAGUCUGGAGGUAUUGGAGAUCUUUUACGACGAUACAGAUCUCACUAAAUUCUUAUGGGAGGGUCAUGAUUCACCGUACGAUACUCUUAUUCUUGAUCUGAUUCAGCAUAAGAGGGUCCAUCUUCCACAUCUACACACCGUGAACAUUCACUCAUCUGAAGGAAUCUUUGAUCACGAGACAGACGAGUAUUUGCCCGCAGGACUGUGGACGCUGCCAUCUUCGCUCGCGCGUGAAGCUGAAUCCGCUGGUGUAAAGCUGAGUGUGUGGCUGGGAUACCAAGAUCCUCCGGAUUUCAAGAAAACUGACGUUUUCGAGUUACUGAAAAUCAGUUAUACCAAACAGUCUAUUCAACUAAAUAAUAGAUAUAUGUAG